CGUCGCACAUUUAACAUUGUUUUGGAUUUCGUCGCGGGAAGAUGACGUAGUCUACACGACAAGAAAACACUUAAUGGGUGUUGGAGCAAAGAAACAGAGAGGACGAAUGCAUUCCUUCGGGGACGUCCUCACGACGUGACGUUCAUAUAGCUGCCGAUGUUUAUGAGAUAUUUUGCCAGGUUUUAUUCAGCUAUGGCUGGACCCAGGCCUGUGGUGUUGAGUGGCCCAUCCGGGGCGGGGAAAAGUACUUUGCUCAGGAAGCUCCUGAAGGAAUACAGCGGCGUCUUUGGCUUCAGUGUCUCACAUACAACAAGAAAUCCACGACCCGGAGAAGAGAAUGGCAAAGAUUACCACUACGUCACGAGGGAAGCCAUGCACGCCGCCAUCGACAAAGGCGAUUUCAUUGAGAACGCAGAGUUUUCUGGGAACCUGUACGGAACGAGUAAAGCGGCUGUGCAAGACGUUAAGGACCGCAACCUCAUUUGUAUACUGGAUGUAGACAUGCAGGGGGUGAGGAACAUCAAGAGCACCGACCUCAAUCCUAUUUACAUCUCCAUCCAGCCUCCGUCUUUGGACGUCCUGGAAAAUCGUUUAAGGAACCGGAAAACGGAGUCAGAGGAAAGCCUCCAGAAGCGCUUGCUUGCCGCCAAGAUGGACAUGGAGUUCAGUAAAGAAGCCGGCGUGUUUGACGUCAUCAUUGUCAACGACAACUUGGAAGAUGCUUACGGCCAGUUAAGAGAUGCUCUCCUUGAGGAAAUUAACCAGGUCAAGAAAGUCAACAUGUCCUCGUAGGAGACGGGCAUUGUAAUGCCAUUUCUAAUCCCAGUCACUCCUGUUUAAAACGUCUACUACCCUCAUUGUUAACAUUCCAUCCAAAAGGUAGUCUGAAGGAAAAAAAAAAAAGACAUCGCCUCCUACUGGAUGUCUAAAGGUGUAGGUUUACAUGGUGUGUAGACAUGUAGUUCAUACUCAGUACUGUAAUGUGGAUCCUGUAUUUUUUAGUAUUUACAUUUGUACAAUAAAAAAAAAACUCAGCUAUUGUAUGAUUAUGUGACUGGUACAGUAUGCAGUGAUCAAAAUGUUAACGACUAAUGGCAAAUGUUACUGAGGUCAUUCCGACAAGUUGAAGAGCUGGUCUGUCAAGCUCAGCCGCAGCGGCGGCGGCACUGUUGACUGUGGAUGGUAAGCCCUGAACAUUACAUUGGAUUUAAAAGGGGAGCAUGCAAGUCAGCUGAAACCAUGUAUAUUGAAAUUCCAGUUAACACUUCUCUACAUUUGUGCUCAUAAUGUGCUAACUUAAGUUUGGUUUGCUAAAAAGAAACAAGAUGUGUUGUUUUAGGAUAAAAACAAUAUUUUAUGUGUUUAAUAAACAAGUAAUCGUGUCUUUUAGAAGAGCUUCAAUAGAACAAUUAAAGACGUUUUAAGAUGUUUUCUUUUAUUGUAUACCUGCAGACUCAAGGAAAGUCAAUUAAACAGCCUGUUUGUCCAGUUAUUACUACUAUUAUAUUUUUUCUUCAAUGACUCACUUAACUUGGUUCUCCCAUGACAAUCCAUAUUUGGGUGUGGAUGAGAGCAAUGUUCCCACUACUUUUUCAAGUGUUUGAGCGUACACACAAACAGCCCGAGCAUUGCCUGCUGUGAGCGCCUUCAGACAUGCACACUUGUAGUAUCACACCUGUCCAAAACCUGACAACUUCAUGUACUCCAAAUUCCAAUGCAGUAUAACCACAAUGGGUACAAAAGAUCAGCAUGGCUUUCUUUUAUAAGGCAUGUAAAAGAAAGGCGAUGUAUUUCCUUUCUGUUUUGCAGCAGCCUGUUCUGGCACAACUUCAUUCUGGAACAUUACUUGAAAGUAAUGCCAAAGAAAAAAAUCGCGCAAACUCUGCAUAAUGCUUCCUGUAUUUGUUUUUCAUGCCACACCUCAUCAAAAUAAACACGUCCCAGUACCACAUGCACUGUUAAGCCACUUAUUCCACACUUUUUAUUCAGACAGCCAGGUUUCACUUCACAAUCAUCCCUUGCUCAAAGAGGGAAAACGCCCAUAUUCAACUCUUGUUCUUUUGAUCUCACAUACUGACAUCCAGUGGCAAUGUUACAAAAUUUUCAAAUGUGUAAAUCAUGUCUGAUGAAGUAUAUCCGAUGAAGCACGACUUGAACUUUACUAUGAUACCAUAUUCACUUCUCUACCCCAAAUAUUAAAGAAGUUAGACAGAUUUUAUAGCGGGAAGUCCUCAUUUGCUUUUACACUGUUGUUAUGAAUAAAGUUUAUUUUUGAAAAAAAAAAAAA